GAUUGGAAUUCAUUCCAACAGUAUCUUUUUUAAAACUUUUGUUACUUGUACUUUUUAAAGAUCAAUAUGAAAUUCAAAAUCUUAUUCGUGAAUCGGAUCCUCAUAAAAUUGGCUUAGUAAAAGUUG